AGCGCCAAAUACGUCCACCACUACCACUAUCCGCAGCAAGAGAACUGAAGUAAAAGUAGCAUAUUUAUUCAUUUGGAGCUAAUUUUACCUUUAGGAACAUUCAUGGCUUCUACAAGUAAAACGCCAGCUCAGCCCAGAAACUUACCAUGGGUUGAAAAGUACAGACCACAAUCGCUGGAUGACUUGAUCUCUCACAAAGAUAUUCUGAGCACCAUCCAGAGGUUUAUUAGUGAGGACAGACUUCCCCAUCUCCUGUUCUAUGGCCCCCCCGGAACAGGAAAAACCUCCACCAUCCUGGCUUGUGCUAAGCAGCUGUAUAAGGAUAAAGAGUUCAACUCCAUGGUGUUGGAGCUUAAUGCAUCAGAUGACAGAGGUAUUGACGUUGUACGAGGCCCCAUCCUGAGUUUUGCCAGCACCAGAACAAUCUUCAAGAAAGGUUUCAAGUUGGUGAUACUAGAUGAGGCUGAUGCCAUGACCCAGGAUGCCCAGAAUGCAUUGCGGCGAGUCAUUGAGAAGUUCACAGAAAACACUCGGUUCUGUCUGAUCUGCAACUAUCUGUCCAAAAUCAUCCCGGCCCUGCAGUCGCGUUGCACCAGGUUCCGUUUCGGCCCGUUGUCCCCGGACCAGAUGAUCCCACGGUUGGAGUACGUCGUCCAGCAGGAGAGCAUUAACAUAACUCCAGAUGGAAUGAAGGCCAUUGUGACCUUGUCAUCUGGGGACAUGAGAAGGUCGCUGAACAUCCUCCAGAGCACCUCCAUGGCGUACGGAAAUGUGACGGAGGACACAGUGUACACCUGCACGGGUCAUCCCCUCCGCUCAGACAUUGCCAACAUCCUCGACUGGUCCCUCAACCAAGAUUUCACCACAGCGUACAAUCAGAUCCUUCAGCUGAAAACUUUGAAAGGUUUGGCACUACAUGAUAUCCUAACUGAAGUUCAUCUGCUCAUACACAAAGUUGAUUUUCCUCCUUCUAUUCGGAUCGGUCUGCUCAUCAAGUUGGCCGACGUCGAACACAGGCUCGCCUCAGGAACCAAUGAGAAGAUCCAGCUGAGUUCCAUGGUCGCAGCUUUCCAGGCGGUGCGAGACCUUGUUACCAGUGAAGCCGCCUAGAAAACCACUGAAACCACUAAAUGCAGAUGAAAAGUGAUCACUGGGUUAUAGAUGCAUCCUCAAAUUGGGCCUCUGAGGUCAAAUUACUUCUGCAUUUACUUGUAAACCAUCUGAUACUGCCAUGGACGUUUAGAACCAAGCUGCUAUGAUGAACUAAGAGGGGGUGGGUGUUUGUUUCCAACCGAUUAGAAGAUGGAAAAUUAGAAAAAAAUGGAAUUUGUUUGGGCAGAAAUCUAUCCCUUAUGUAGCAGCUACUGGAGUCGCUUCACAUCCACAUAAUUGAGGAAAAAAUGUAAAGUUAGUACCAAAAAAACAAAAACCCGAAGUCACACCCACACUUGGAAAAUCGUAGUUGAAUUAUCUGUUGGAUUAAACUCGCAACAGACCAGAAGAACUCUGCUCAGACAUGUACACGUUUUUGAUAUGUUUAAUAAAACUAUUUCCUAUA